GACCACAAUCGGUGCAGUACGCGGUGGACGUACACGGGGAAACCACCGCUUCUUACACUCUCACCGUUCCUCACGUAACCCUGAGGAGGAUCGUAAAUACGGGCCUUAAAACUGAAGGAGAAUCGCGAUCAGCUGCGCUGCGCGUCUCGGAUUGCGCGACGACGGACUAGUCGCGUUGCCAACAGGCUCGUUAUCACAAAUAAGCGUCGGUCGCGUGACAAAGGCGUCGCUUUUGUGAGAAAAAACGAGAGAGAAAGAGAGAGAGAGAGAGAGGAAAUUCGGGAGAAGCUAAUUCUCGCGGUGCGCGACGAUACCGUUGUGACAUCGGCCCACUCGUGAGUCGAAUCGUCGCGAUUGAGCGCGAGGAGAGUCGGUCGGAUCGCACUGGGGGGUGGACCAUGAAACAUGGAUACGUCGCAGGUCGAAAACGGCGCGACUUCGGAGGAGAGACGUAAGGAAGGCUAUGAACGGUAACGAACAGGGAUCUCUCGAGCGUGUCCGCGUACGCGAUAGACGCCGAUCGCCGGUCUUAACCGAGUAGCUAAUGCCGAACGCGUACAACACCUCGCGUGAUGUUCGCCGCGAGUAAGCGCGCACACGUACACGCCACGCAUACGCACACAUGGGGAGGUGAAUUCGCCGAACCAACACCGGGUUCAAUCGCCGAAUGUGGGCGUUGAACGUGCAUCGAUUCUGGCGAGCGCCGAACACAUGUAUGUAUCGCUGCUGCACGCCCGCGAACACGUCGGGAGAUCAACAAGUCGUGCACACAAACCGCCAAGUCGCACCGAGAGCUUCGCACGAGCCGGUUGCUCGAAGCGACGGCCGUCGUGUUACGUGCCGCGACCACGCGAUCUCUAACGACCUCAAGUCUCAGAGCGCGAGCAUGGAGAGCGGACAGGUCGGUGAAGUACCGACCAUAUUCCACCCCCGACGAUCGCUCAUGUCCAACGUGAUCCUCAGCGAAGAUCAGCAACGUAGCUCGUUCCUCAGUCCCGUCCAGAUCGUCGUCGAGCUUGUCGACGCUUCAGGAUGCGAACAGCAGCAGCAGCAACAGGGUUGUGGCGUAACCGAUGGAUGCGGCGAUUCCGCGUCGAGCUGCCGCACCUUGGAGACCACCGGAAGUGCCGUGGGAAGCGGCGGUACCGGCGGGGGUGGUGGUAGUGGUAGCGGAAGUGUGCAAACUCAGCCGACGGGUCAAAGUCAGACGUCGACUCAUGUGACCCCGACUCCGACCCCGGUCGCUCAACAGCCACAGCAGCCGCAGCAACCGCAGCAACCGAGCUCACUCUCGGCCUGCUACGCUUCCUGCUGCGCGGAGAGUGCGAAGAAGAUUUACUUCGGAGUGUGCGUUACAAUAUGCGUAACUGCAAGCUGGGUCGGGGCGACCCACUGCAUUAAGUAUUUGUACUUUCAUAAGCCGGACGCCGUCUCGCAGAGCUCCACGUCGAACACCUCCGUAAACGGACUUCAUCAUCAGCAUAUCAUCCCGCCGUACAAUGCGCCCUUCUUCACAACGUGGUUCUGCACUAACUGGGAGGUCCUGUACUUCCCGGUGUACUUCAUCUGCCGCGCGACCACAACCAAGUGCGUCACCCCGUCCGAGAUAAUCGCGGAGAGCCUACGCGGCUUCCGCGACAAGGGCUUUACCGGUGGCCGCUUCUUGAUCAGAUGCAGCCUCUUCUGCGGUCUCUGGGUCAUUACGAAUUACAUGUACAUACAUUCCUUGAGGAUACUCUUGGCCACGGACGUGAUGGCGUUAUUCGCCACCAAUGUCUCCUGUGUCUACCUGUUAUCGUGGGUCAUCCUUCACGAACAGUUUGUGGGCGUGAGGAUAGUCGCCGUGAUCCUCUGCAACACCGGCAUCGCGCUUCUCGCUUAUAUGGAUGGUAUAACCGGAAGCCCGACGUUGGGAGGUGUCGUUUUAGCGACGUCAGCGGCAGCUGGCUCUGCCGUUUACAAGGUGCUCUUCAAGAAAGUAAUAGGCGAGACCACGUUCGGUCAAAUGUCUCUAUUUUUUUCACUCAUCGGUUUGUGCAAUGCCGCGCUCCUCUGGCCGAUCUGCCUGGCUCUGUACUUCUCCGGAGCGGAAACCAUGCAUUGGGCUAGGCUGCCGUGGGCGACGUUACUCUCCGCUAGCAUCCUCCAUUUAGUCGCGAACAUGCUCGGCAACUUCAGCAUCGCGAUCACCUACGACCUGUUCAUCACGCUCGGACUGAUAACGGCUGUACCCGUGUCCGCUGCACUGGACGUGGUUCUUUACGGGGCGCAUUUCGUGGGCAUGAAAUUAGCGGGCAUGAUCUUCAUCGCGGUCGGUUUCUUCCUCGUGAUGUUCCCGGACAACUGGCCGGACUACAUAACGAGGCUACUCCGAAAAUUUGAGUUGGAUAAAGAAACGACUGAUUUGCUUGAGCUGCUUGUUGUAUUGUCUGUGAAAUCAACGUCGACACUUCAUCACUCGCUUCCCACAACAAUCAGGAUCCAUUAUAUGCUGUUACAGAAACAUAGUCCUCAUGAGUCACAGUGCAAGGUGGAGCAGGAGACACAGGCACGGCAUGUCAGGUGGAUCGUCGCGCGACGUGAUCGAUUACCGAACCGGUUACAUAAAGUCGCACCUACGCUCGCCCUCUGGAAGAGUUCGGUGACUAAACACACCGCUCAGAAGCGAAUCAAUAAUUAAGAGAUCGUGCUGGCGGAUCAUGAGCGAAAUAAUAGACCAUUUGGCCGGCGAUCCGACGGUCAGAGCUUUCCUCAAGGUGUAAACGCGAAUUCAAUUCGAUCGGAGGAAAAGAAAAACGCUCGCCCACUUGAGUCUUCAAGGCGACGUUUCAGAGUGAGUGACGCUUCAGCGUCUUCUCACAGCACCGACGUUGAUUAUCCUCGACCGUAGUUCGAUUGACUUUUCGUCUCUUCCCGACUCUCGCAUGUCGGAGAUACCUCUCGUGAUGUUAGAGCGAAUUAAUUAAAUACCGUGCUCGACAGGCUGCGAAACGGUGUGACCUGAGAAUACCAUCACGUCGGCGACAGUCAGGCGACUGGUAGAGUUUUCUCCGGUCUGUAUUUCAUUACGGAAGGGAUCGCGAGGGAACUUGAUACCGUGCAGUAAUAAAGUAAGCAAUAACGAGGCUGCGAAGCCACAUCAGCGUAAUAAAGGUGAGCUCGAUCUUGAGGCUCCUGCUUCCCGAUUGUGCUCAUACUGUAAUAAUCUCAAGUGAGAAAUUAGUAACAUCAGCAGCAAGAAAUCGCGUGGAUUUUUCCCUCGCACUGUCUCGAGUUGAAAUUUUCGUUCCGUGUUUAUUUUCACAUACACGUUUCAUCGGUGGAUUUCAUCGUAUCUGUCGGACCAAUGGAGAAUCUAAAGAUAUAACGCUUCACAGGCUGUGUUGUCUUAACUUGAUGCUACGAAUGUACCUUGACGAUACACGGGAAAAAUUAGUAUCAAUUCGAGACUCAUAUUAUCUAUAUAAGAAGGAAUAUAUAAUCUUAUAUAUGAAGAUAAAAAUUGCUCUUGCAUGAAAAAAUUCUAUAGAAUUCCACUAAAAGUACUAUAUUCUUGUUAUUCAAGAAUAAUUUUUAUGAA